CAGAAUGCAACGCUGCUCCUGAGCGCAGCCACCGCCGCCCCGCAGUGUUGAUUCUGAAACUUCCCGGGUGCCAGGCUGCCUUUGCAAAUCCUGACAACGCGCGUGGUGGUCCACCUCCAGGAUUUCUAUCUAAGCAAAUCCGGAGGAUGGACGGCCGGCCCCGCCGGCUGCCGGAGAAGGCUGGGUAUCACUUCCAACACCAGGGGGCUGUGGAGCUGCUGGUCUUUAAUUUCUUGCUCAUCCUGACCAUUCUGACCAUCUGGUUGUUUAAAAACCACCGCUUCCGCUUCUUGCACGAAACUGGAGGGGCCAUGGUGUAUGGACUCAUCAUGGGAUUGAUCUUGCGGUAUGCUACAACACCAACUGAUAUUGAAAGUGAGACUGUCCAUGACUGUGGAAAAUUGGCCUUCAGUCCAUCAACUCUGUUGGUUAAUAUCACUGACCAAGUCUAUGAGUAUAAAUACAAGCGGGAAAUAAGCCAGCACAACGGCAGCCCUCCCCAAGGCAACGCGAUACUAGAAAAGAUGACCUUCGACCCAGAAAUCUUCUUCAAUGUUUUACUGCCACCGAUUAUAUUCCAUGCAGGAUAUAGUCUAAAGAAGAGACACUUCUUUCAAAACUUGGGGUCGAUUUUGACAUAUGCCUUUCUGGGGACGGCCAUCUCCUGCAUCGUCAUCGGGCAGGGGCCCAUGAAGGGCAAACUCCGAGGGGUCUGGGGUGGGGAUGGAGUCCCGCCGGGUUCUCUGCAUCUCAGCAUGGCCAGCGAGGAGGGCUGUGCCUGCGUCCAUGCUGGGACAAUGGUUCUAGAUGCUUCCAUGACUGGCUUUCACGUCAGCUAA